GGUCUCUAGAGGAGGAAACUGUUGACCUUGAGAAUAUAUAAAGGCCCUAAUGAGUCAUGUGCACAGGUCAAACCUGAAUAAGCCCAUCUGGUUGAUCUGAACUGAACUACUGAAGCGGCCGUGCACAGCUUCUUCAUCUUCAGAGUUUUAGAGAUCAAGCAGUUGGGUUCAGAGGAAUGACGAAAAGAUUUGCUUUCGAGGAGAAGGAGAUGGCGCGCAUGCUUCUGCUCGUUUCGCGCGAGCAGGCGAUGCCCAUGCCGAUGCCGGUGGCGGUGCACGGUGACCGCGCCCCGGAGCGGGUGUUCGUCUGCAAGACGUGCGACCGUGUGUUCCCGUCGUUCCAGGCUCUGGGCGGGCACCGGGCCAGCCACAAGAAGCCGCGGCUGGACGACGGCGGCGACCUCAAGCCUAAGCUGCACGGAUGCUCCGUCUGCGGGCUGGAGUUCGCCAUCGGCCAGGCGCUCGGUGGCCACAUGCGGCGUCACCGUGCCAUGGCCGUGGGCGGAGGCGGAGGCGGUGGCGUCAUGGCCAUGACGCCACCGACAGCAGUGAUCAAGAAGCACAGCGAAAGCGGCGACGACGCUGUUGUCGGCAUGAAGCGCGGGCUGUGGUUCGACUUGAACCAUCCACCUUGCGACGAGUACGGAGCCGGCAGUGAGAGCGACGACGAGUGCGGCCACGACGCAGCUGCUGCUGGGUACACUUUCCACCAGUUCCUGGAUACCGGCACCAUGGCGGUUGGCUGCGUCUAGCAACACGAUCUCUCCCACUCCGUUGCCGGGUUUUUGCCGGAUAGUACAAUAUUUUCCUGUGUGUACUUUGGCAGUAACUUCUCUUUUUUUUUUUACCCCUUUUCUUUUCCUUUUUCAUGCAUGGAUAAAUCCAUACUUUGUAGCAGUAGAUGAGUGCCCAGUGAAAGGCGUCCCACGGCACAUAAAUCAUUUCUUUGAGAUGAUUAAUUUUGUGCCUAAUUUGGUGGCUUUGGAGGCUCACCAGAGCUAUUUCCCUCAGGUUUUCCGGUUAUUAUUUGUCCGGUUAUUAUUGAGAAAGAAACCUUUGGUCAA